GGUUUUACGAAUGUCACACUCACACACUAGCAUCAACCUUGCAUUAAAAGACGAGAAUGACCUCGAUAAUGACUGCAUUGAAGACGUUGUUUUAUCAGAAGUUCAUGUUUAUAAGACAUUCACUCCCAUAGAGGAAGGAAACUACGCACUGUCAAGAUUUCAUUUCACUACUCCACAUGGUAGUCCACUAUGCAAUGCUCAAAAACCUUAUACGUCAGAUAAACAAAUAUUGAAGCAUAAAGAGAAUGAAGGACUGGUCAAUUAUGAUGAAGAUGGUGACAUGAUUAUUCCAAGAUUUGAAAAUGAUGUUGAGCGAAAUAUUAUAACUAUCGAACACACCCUUGCAACUCCUAUUAAAAGUGUUGGAACACAGGUUUGGCAGGGCUCAAUGCUGCUUUGUGACUUUCUUAUCCACAAUGAAAAAGAGUUUGAUGGUUGUAUAGCCUUAGAAUUGGGCGGUGGAGUAGGCCUGUGCAGUAUUGUGAUGGCUAGAGUUGCAAAAAGAGUAUUUUGUACCGAUAUCCGCGAUUCUUUGGACGUUUGCGAGUCAAACAAGCUCAGGAAUCACGAUAUAUUCAAGUAUGCAACAACAGACAAUGAAGUUAUGGUUAUAAGGGAAUUAGAUUUCUUCCAUUCAUCCCGUAUAUUAGAUGACAUGGAUCAUGAUCAUAAAUGGACAAAAGAGGAUAAAAAUGACCUUAAACGGCUGUCUGUGAUAAUGGCAUCAGAUGACAAAAAGAAACAUUUCUGCUUCUACAAUCUGAGAGUGUUUUCAAUCCCUAUAGUGAUAUAUGACGAUGCCUUGACAGAUGCAUUUUUGGAUACCGUGGAUAAAUUACUCGUACUCAAUCCGCAUUCUGCAAUGUAUAUCUCUUUGGAAAAAAGAAUCAAUUUCACCUUGGAAGCCUUAGAAAUAGUUUCACCUGCUUAUGAUUAUUUUAUGAAUAAGCUGGAAGUACUGACGAAGAAGAAUCCACCUUCAAUAAAAAUCGAGAAACUUGAAACAAACUUCCCUCAAUACUUCAAGUAUGAAAGAGUAAAAGAGCUGGAACUUUGGAAAGUUUAUCGGUAAAGGGGGCGGCUAUUCUCCAUGCCUUCAAUAUUCAACAAAAGUGCAAAAGUUGGAUUGUGUUUGGUACCUUUACAUUAAAUGUCCCACUGAAUUAGAGUACUGUGCCUUCCGUCCCCAGGCACACGCUACGGAUCAUUAGAAUCACACGUACCAAGAGAAUAGAAGUACCAAGAUGUCAUGUUUUAUUAUUUUUCGCACACUACUAUUUACAAUAGAUCAUGCACUAAUUUUGAAUGCCUUUUUAGCAGCACUUGAAAAAUGCGCUGGUUUGAAAAAAUUGAUAAACUAAGCUGGUCAUAAAGAAGGGCAGACGCCUCUUGAUUGUAUGCAUGUGUCCGUACCUAAUGCCUACUGAUGCUAAGCUGUGUGAUAUUUGACUGAAUGUAAUGCACCGCAAGAUAAGACUGAGAAAUUUUUUACUUUUUUCACGACAUGUUAAUAUGCUUUUCUGCAAACUUUUAUGACAUCGUAUGUCCAGGCUUCUAAAAUGUCAAAAUGUAUCAUGUGACAAACAAUAUUACGCAACCAUGCAGUCUAGGAUAACUUCUGUAUCCUUUCACAACAAUAUAAUGAACAAGAUAUAAAACCG